GUUUGCAGAGUGAAAUUUAGUGCUUGUGGAUAAAGUGCAUUACCUGGGAUAUUGACCAUCUGGACUGUGUGGAAGUUUAAUCAUCACAAUGAACACUCAACAGUGGCUCAUUUGUGGGUUGCUGAUCGCUGUCCUAACACAAGAUGUUGCCAAUGCCUUUCCUCAUACAGUUUUUGCAAAGAAGCUUAUUGAGAUCCAGAAACCCGUGGUGGAGGCUAAACUGAGGGCAGCUCAUGAAACCAAGGCUUUAAUUAAGGCCAAGGCAGCUGAUGCUGCAGGAAAGGGUGUGGCUGCGGCGGCCUUUAUGAAGAAGAAGGCUCUCGCUGUAGCUGCUGCUCCUGUUGUCGUUGCCAAGGCUCUAAAGGCGAAACUUCUAGCCAAGAAGUUGGGACUCGCAGCAAGUCCACUCUUGCUCAAGGGUCUCAAGAAGCCACAUCCAGUUGAAGUUCCGCCACCAGCUGUUAGCUAUGUCUUCCCACCACAAUAUACUGCUGUUGCUCCUGUCGUCGAGGAAGUUGUGGUUCCAGGUCCUGAAGAGUUCACCUACAUCGAAGAGGGAAAAGCUCCAGUUCCAGUUGGUUUUGUGGAGAAUGCCCUCGAGAGCCUGGGAAAUGCUGUUCCAAUCCUCCAUCCAAUUACAGAUCGCAUGAGCAGACCAUUUGCUUUCAUCAGAAACGCCCUGAGUUCUGCAGUUCCAGCUCCGGGUGUCGUUGCGCCUCCAGAACCUCUAUACCAGUUCCUGCCAGAACUUCCACCCAAAUUCUUGCCAAAGUAUACCCAUGUAGAGGCAAAUGUGCCUACAGGAGAACUGGGAUUGGUCUCUGUUGAACAUGAUAUUGUCCACGAGGAAGUUCCACAUCCUUUCCCACCACCUGUUGAACAGGAAGUCCAUGUAGAGGUGCCGCAUGAAACCUACGGUGUUCCACAGAAUCUCCCACACAAUCAGUCUUACGAUGCGCCCCAGUUCAGGCCCAUCACCAGCUACGGAGCCCCCAUAGAACACCAUUGA